AAGGCUCCUGUUUGUGGCGGUGUCGCUGCAGCCCGGCCUGCGUUGGUGGGAGUACCCCCUGCACAGGUCCCUUUUGCAGUGCAGCUCCAGUAGUUGGAGUUGCUGUACACCGGAGCACGAGAGGGAGAGGAGCGCGAGCGCAGCAGCUCAUUGAGCAAACAGAGGUAGAGAGACGUUAUCUUUUGAGACUAUCACACGUUGAGCUGUCACUUUUACGCUUCGUGUCGAGUCUGCUUGAAGAGAACCGCAGCAGGAGCAGCAGCCGCCGCAGCAGCGCCCUGGUCCGGUCUGGUGUGCUCGAGCAGCCGCCAGUGAAAAACUCCCAGACGCGGUCGUCUCAGCUGGCAUGAGCUAACCUACCAGACAGACAUGGAAACCAAACCGUUCCUGUCAUUGGGGUUCCUGAAGCCCCAGUGCUCGUUGGCUCCUCCCAUGCAGCGAGGCCGCUCGGCUGAGGCUUGUUCCUGUUUCAGCGGCAUGUGUCCCCUCCAUCAGCGCCGCCUAUCCUCAGACUCAUCGGGGCACCUGACGUCGUCGCCCCUGGGCUCACCCACAUCCCACCGGGGAAUGCACCCAUCUCUGCUCAGUCCGACGUCCAUGGGGCCCUCCGGCUCUCUUCACUCUCCCAUCAGCACGCUGAGUUCGCCCAUGAACGGCCUGGCCUCCCCUUUCUCCGUCAUCAGCUCGCCUAUGGGUCCCCACUCCAUGAACUCACCCGGAAUGGGCUACGGCCCCAGCGUCAGCCCCCAGAUGUUCCAGCUGAACUCUCCGAUGAACUCUGUCAGCAGCACGGAGGACAUUAAGCCCCCGCUGGGCCUCAACGGCGUGAUGAAGGUGCCCGCCCAGCCCUCAGGCACCAUGUUGUCGCUCACCAAACACAUAUGCGCCAUCUGUGGUGACCGCUCCUCAGGUAAACACUACGGAGUAUACAGUUGUGAGGGCUGCAAAGGUUUUUUCAAAAGGACGGUGCGCAAAGACCUGAGCUACACCUGUCGCGACAACAAGGACUGUGUCAUUGACAAGCGCCAGAGGAAUCGCUGCCAGUACUGCCGCUACCAGAAGUGUUUAGCCAUGGGCAUGAAGAGAGAAGUUUUGUUACAUGCAGCCGUUCAGGAGGAGCGCCAGCGAGCCAAGGAGAGGAAUGAGAACGAGGUGGAGUCGACCAGCUGCGCCAACGAGGACAUGCCCGUGGAGAAGAUUCUGGAGGCGGAGCAGGCGGUGGAACCCAAAACCGAGACGUACAUAGAGACCAACCUUGGGGUGCCAUCCAACUCGCCCAACGACCCAGUAACAAAUAUCUGUCAGGCGGCUGACAAACAGCUCUUUACUUUGGUGGAGUGGGCCAAGAGGAUCCCCCACUUCUCUGAGCUGCCACUGGACGACCAGGUCAUCCUUCUACGAGCAGGUUGGAAUGAACUUCUCAUUGCAUCAUUUUCGCACCGUUCAAUAACGAUUAAAGACGGGAUCCUGUUGGCGACCGGGCUGCACGUCCACCGCAACAGCGCCCAUAGUGCGGGAGUGGGAGCCAUCUUUGACAGAGUGCUCACAGAACUGGUGUCAAAGAUGAGGGACAUGCAGAUGGAUAAGACGGAACUGGGGUGCCUUCGAGCUAUAGUCCUUUUCAACCCAGAUUCUAAAGGUCUGUCCAAUCCAGGUGAGGUAGAAGCUCUGAGAGAAAAAGUGUACGCGUCUUUAGAGGCCUACUGCAAACAGAAGUACCCCGACCAGCCUGGCAGAUUUGCCAAACUGUUGUUACGGUUACCAGCGCUGCGCUCCAUCGGCCUCAAGUGUCUGGAGCACUUGUUCUUCUUCAAGCUCAUCGGCGACACGCCCAUCGACACCUUCCUCAUGGAGAUGCUAGAAGCCCCCCAUCAAAUGACAUAAUAGCAGAGCCCUCCUCACCCUCCCCCAAACAUCUCCCACCGGCCAUGGAUCAGGAGAGAGUCCUUUUAAAAAAAAAAACUUAAAAAAAAAACUAAAACAAAACUUAAAAGUCCCGUCUCCAGCUAAGGGACAGAUGAUGUGACGACUAUGGAUGAAGAACCUCUCCGUUCUUUCCGUCCCUCCCUCUACCCCUCCUCCCUUUUUGAUGCGUUUCCAAAUAAUGAAUUCAUCAUGCCUAUGGGUCUGUUUAAUACCUUGUAAAAAUAUAUAAAUAAGGAAUAUAUAUAUAUAUAUAUAUAUAUAUAUAUAUAUAUAUGAAACUCACACAGCAACACAAGUGACAACCAUGGACUUUAUAUAAGGUCUGAUAGAAGACAAAAGAAAUGUAUUGAGCCAUCGUUUUCAUCCUUCCAUUUUUUCCUGCACCUGGACAAGAAAAAGCAGAGAUGGUCAGAUUUGAAACACCCUCAGCUUUGCUUGCAGGCAUUUUGAAAAACAAAACAAAACAGACGACGGUGAUGUCACAUUUGGACACUCAGCUUUGUGAUCGGGACAAUCGUGGACUGGGAGAGCCUCGGACCCGAGACCUCUCUCUCUCUCUCUCUUUCAGGACUGGACUUCACUAUCGGGGGGGGAGGGGGGGCGGCGCUCCUGCCGGGACUCUAAUGAACACGUCAGGUCUUGCACUAGCUGUGAGCUUUCUGGAGUAGAACUCAGAGGUGGCUUAACAAGACUGGAAGUGCUCAAAAACCUCAGGUCUCUGCCCAAAUCCAACACAUCCAAACCAUGUCUUACUCUAUUAGCACUGUGCAACGCCGCGGAGGACACGGCAUAUUAGCUCACCAGUCAGCCCUUUGGUUAAUGUUAAUUGAUUGGACGAGAGUCGGGAGAGCUUAUUAAGUACAAUCUGUGCGGUCCUUCGGCACUCAGGAAGAUUGCAGGCUGUUGUAAAUUAGCCACGCCUUAGCUGCCUCAUGCAACAUCCAUGAUGCUCUAAAAGGCUACCAGCAGGCGCAGGAACAACUUUGGUCAUCCUUAUUUCCAAGCCUUUGGGCCUGUGUUGCGACCUUACAGGUGAUCACGGCAAACUGGGCCGGCUGGAAAGCGAGGGCCUGGUCUCGUCGUGAGACACCGUGGCUUCACCCGGCCUUUCAAGCUCCUUUUUUUCCAUCCCUUCUCCAGCCUCUCUACUUCUCAUUUCCUGUGAAUUUCAGCACACCAUUUUACACCUCCACACUCAGAAAUCCCUUCUUGCUCCACGCAGCGGGUAUCAGUUUUACUUUUUAUCUGAAACACCUCAUAUCUACCUGUACAUAAAGUUACAACCGUCUACAGUAUUGACGUUAUUGUCAGCGAUGCACAGUUACCUCUGUUUCCAUCACUCCGACAGUCAGCUCCUGACACUCAUCGGACCAUUCACAGUAUGUGGGAGUCGUGCUUGUCGUUGCAGCAGAGCCAUUAUUUUUGUUUAUUUCUUUGUUACUUGGCACUUAACCUCAUGACAGCGGAGUCGGGUUCCUAAGCGGAGCGCUGGCGUUGAUGUAAUGGACCUCUGAGGUGGAAUUUGGCCCACGCCGGAUCAGGAACGCCCCGAUUGUUUUCCUCCUCGGAGGGGCGGCCACACUCGCUCUCUCUGCACUUCUCUGGACAACCAAGAGUCAUUCAAGUCAAACUGAAAUGUUAGACGUCUCCAUGUUAUGUAUAAAUAUGCUUUAUGCCCAUUUUCUGCUUUUUUUUUUAACAAAACAAAUUCCCUCCUCUCGUUUCUCUAACUGCUGCAACUGCUGCAAAACUAUGCAUCGAGUGCAUUUCCAAAGAUUGUCCUCAAAGCGGGUGCAUGUCGGCUCAAACAGGUCGAGUGUUUGACACGUGUGGGUUUGCUCGCUGUAUUACUUUCCUGGAGCAGAGAAAAGGCCUUACUUAGGUUAUUUCCCCCACUAUUCAGACAUGUGACAGUCAUUGUGUAGUGGUGUUGUUACCUAUCAGCCCUCAUCCGAAGGGGUUUUAUGGAGAAGUGGAGCAUAGCAGAGUUCAGGCACAUGAGGGUGAUAUGAGAAGAGGACUAAAAGAGAAUGAAAUCCAGGCUAAAUAUGCUUAGUCACUUUAUUCUCUUUCAUAAGCACCUUGACUAUCUGGACCUGGAUUAAGAACAACCCCGAGCACUGUGUUUUCAUCGUCCUUUCAUCAACUGAUGAUGGUUAUUGGUCUGAGGAGUAUGGAGUCCUGAGUGUGCCAUGUCAACCUUUUUUUCCAGUGUUUUGCAUUUUAAUCAACUCGUAGUUUUAAUACAGUUAAUGUAAUAUGGAUUAGAUUUGUAUUUCAAUUAUGCAUUGACAGAAAAUGCAGCAUAUGAUUCACCAAUAAUUGGAUUUUUAUUAAUGGAAUUGUAGUGCUGGUUUUGAUAAGGCUUUUAAUUGAAAUUGUUUAAGUAUACUAUGUGUCUAACCGUCUAUAUCAAAAUGAGUUUGUCUCCAGUUUACAAGUUACAUUUUCCCUUUAAUUUAAAGCGCCACAUUAUAAUGAGAUGAAGUCCAGGCCACAGAGCAGCAACACCAAGCUGUUGGUUUAUGAUCCGCCCUCUAAUCUGCUAAUUUUAUCGCUCAUUCUUUUUCUUCCAUUUGUCAACGACAUAAUAAUAAAGUCUGAAAAAAUCUAAUUAUUCAGGUGGCACCAUCAGGACUCCAUGUCUCCAUGAGCUGGGUUUCCUCCUUUCAAACAUCAAUGAUAAAAGACCAUGUGGUAAUUUUUCAUCCUGACUGGGGGUUUGGGGGUAACUUCACCCAUGGUAAUGCAGCUCUGUGACAGCGAUCCCCAGGCACCCUGGGAUCUCUUACCUUAUGAAGAAAAAGCAAAGAGUUGGUUCAGAUGCCAGCUCUAAAAUGUCAGAGACUGUGCAUUAGAUGCAAGCAGGACUACAUUUCCCUUUCAGUUGGAGAGCAGUUUGGAUGAGAGAGUGUGAGGGAUGCUGGCGGCGAUUUUAAGAGCUGUGCGCUCCCUCUAGUGAAGGAAACGCAGCAUUGCAACGUUACUUGAAUUCUUUUCUACAAGUAUUUAAUCAGACAAAAAGACGGCACUUUCUCUCUUAGGACUAAUGUUUAUUUUGAUCAGACAAAACCUCGGUGUCUGUGCUUUUUAAAACUGAAAAAAGAAGCAAUAACUUCAGAGUGACCUAUUGGCUUGUGGUUUUGAUCAUUACGCGACCGUUUCAGUGAGGUGGCCUGUACUAUAUUAACUAUCCAGGUGACCCUAUUGGCGGCCAGUCAGAGCUCCGUUUACAGUAUUUAUAUUCUGCAACCUCGUUUGCCUGUUAAAAACAAAAACUAAAUUUUGAUAAUACGUUAUCAACGUGGCUAGAAUUGCUGUUUUUUUGUUUUUGUUUUUUAAGAGGAAUGUUACCAAUUUGAAUCAAGCAAAGCAGAUAUUAAGAGAUUACACGUUUGUUUUUUUGCGACUGGGUAACUAAAAGCAAACUUUAAAGCGAAUAUCCCCCUGCUCCCUGAUGUCUCUUCCUCAGUUUACUGUGAUUGGCCAGCGCAGGUCUCUUAAGCCAUAACGUGGAUGAUGUAAGAGGAAAUGAACAGACAAGCAUCUUCUUGACUAGAUAAAGAAAGGAUCAUCCACAGGGAAUGAUCAACUACAUGAACGCUUUAUAACAUAAAGCUCUAUUUUGUUAAUAUGUAUAUGUGUAUAUAUUUAUAAAUAUAUAUCGACCGAUCUGUUCCUUGAGUAUUUCCAACAUUGAAAGAGGGAGACAAGUCCUUCAGACCAAGCUGUUCUACAACUCAGAGAUUUAGAGUGGUGGGUUUUUCCCCACAAAUGUCUGGGGCAUUUUUGUCAUUUCAACCGUGACUUUAUAAAAAUAAAUCGAUCCUGGACCUCAAAACAAAUAUGAAAAAAAUUAAAUGGUUAUGACUUUAAAACCCUCCAAAAUGUGCGUGUUGCUUGGCAAGUGUAUGUUCAAAAAGUGUGAUCAGGAAAAGCUGAGCUUGUGACACAAUCACUGCUUUUCUGUGUUGCAUCGACGGUAAAAGGUUCAAGAAAAAAGAAAAGAAAAAAAACACUUG